AUGCGGUACGUUCUGCGUGAUCGCUUGCCUUUGGGCAGCAAUCGUCAUCACCAACGACAUCAACGAGAUGUACGACGAUGUGAUGGGAGAAUUGGGAUCCCUUCAGGAACGUUAGCUGAUGACACAUGGGAUGACAUGAUGAUUAUGCGCAACGGUGGCACCACGGCUGAGCAGUACGUCCGUGGAAUCUUCGGUCGUCAGAAGAGGAAUGCUAACCAGUGCAGUUGUGGCCUCCCAGCUCAGAACUGCCCUCCUGGACCACCUGGCCCUCCUGGUAUGCCCGGCGAGCCAGGAGAGACUGGACCUGACGGCAAGAGCGGACCAACUGGAUUGCCUGGACUCAACAUCGUCACACCUAAUGACUAUCCUAAAGGAUGCAUCAAGUGCCCAGCAGGACCACCUGGACCCGAUGGACUCCCUGGACAGGAAGGAUUCCAAGGAAUGCCUGGCAAGCCCGGAGAUCUUGGAUCGCCUGGCAAGGACGGAGAGCCAGGACAAGCAAGGAGACCAGGGAGACCAGGGACAACCAGGAAACGAGGGACAACCAGGAAUGCCUGGAGCACCCGGAAGAGACUGCCUCACUGGAAAGGAUGCCCGGUAUGCCAGGACGACCAGGUCUUCCUGGACUUCGUGGAACACCUGGUAACGACGGUCCUCAAGGAGAGCCAGGAACUGACGGAAUCUCUGGACCUCAGGGUCAACCUGGAAAAGAUGGAUUCAACGGAAUGGAUGGCACUCCAGGACAAGCCGGUCCCCAAGGAAACGUUGGCGGAGAUGCCGAGUACUGCCCUUGCCCCGACAGGAAGAGAAGACUCUGAACAUUUUAGAUAUCCAGAGUUACCAGAUAAAAUAUUUUUGCAUAGAGUAGUAAAUGCUUUUAUCCAUCGAUGUCAUAAGCAUGACUGA